AUGUCUGCUGGAAAAUACUUAUUAGGGGCUGCUGCAAUUGCUGGUGGGGUCUACUACUACGACCAAAAUGUUGAACGUAUCUUGCCUAGAAAAGAACACCAACAAUUGGCACAACAAACUGCCAAAGUUGACCAAAAAGCACACGAGUGGAACAACAAAUUGACGCAAAAGAUUGAACAAGGAAAGAAGGAGUUGGACAAGAAGACCAACUCAAUCACCGAAUCAGUAAAGGAGUCUGACACCUAUCAAAAGCUUCACCAAAACAAGGAGGACUACAGGAAAUCAGUCAAGGAUGCUGCCACUCCAGAAGAUGAAAAGUCUAUUUUCAAGAGAGGUAUGCAACAAUACAUUGAUUUUGUGAACUGUCUUGGAACCAAUUCAGUCAAGACUGGUGAAACUCAAAUUUCGUCUGCUGGUGCUUUGCCAGAGGUGAAAGAGAAGCCCAUUUUUGGCAAUUGGUUUGGUAAGAGUGAUGUAGACGAGGCCAAGGAUAAGGCCGAGCAAAAGAAGGAUGAAUGGGUUUCAUGGGGAUCCAAGAAGACAGAGCAAGCCAAGGCAGAUGCUGAACAUGAAAAGAACAAGUUGUUCAACUGGGGAUCUGACAAGGCGGACGAGGCCAAAGCCGAAGCUGAGAGAAAGAAGAAUGAAUGGAGUGCUUGGGGAAACAAGAAAGCCGACCAAGUUAAGGCUGACGCUGAAAAGGAAAAGAACUCAUGGUUCAGUUGGGGAAACAAGAAGGCCGAUGAAGCUCAAGACAAAAAAGAUGACCUCGUAUCACUUGCAAACCAAAAGUUGGACGAAGCAAGCAAGGAGUUCAACAAGCAGUAUGAUGCCUCAGUAAAUGAACUCAACAGACAGUACGAGAACUUGGGCAAGGUUUUCAGUUCAACUAAGGACCAGGCCAAUGAGUCUUUCCAAGUACAGAGACAAAAGGCAGUGCAGCAGUACAAUGAAGCAUACAAGAAGUUUCAAGAGUUGAGCAAUGACUUGGCCAACGACCCAGAAAAGAACAAGAAAUUGACCAAAGCUCAAGAGGAUUUUGGUAAGUCAUUGGAACACUUGAAAUCGUAUGGUGACGAUGUGUACCAUGACGUUAAGAGCAAGUUGAGUGAAUUGUUUAAGUAG